CCUGCCCCGGGGGCCGCUCGCCGCUCGGAGCAGGGCCGAGGGCGCCGGGGCCAUGGGCGCGGGCUGGGGCUGCGCGCUGGGGCUGGGGCUGCUGCUGCUCUGGGGGGCGGCGGCCGCUCCCCCGCUGUGCAACGUGAGCCUGGAGCAGGCCCCGCAGCAGCGCUGGCUGCCCGCCCUGCGGCACUUCGACCCGGCCUUCCUGCGGGCGGCCGUGGCCCGGGUCAUCGAUGAAAGUGUACCUAAGUGGGUCCAUGCUGUCAUUCGGCCAGUAGCAAAAGAACUGGAGUCUUUUAUCCCUCAACCCUUUGCAGGAGAGAUCCUGGGAAUGUGCAAGGCACUGGGGAUUAGUGUUGGAGAUGGAAUUCUCGUGAAUUUGGCCUAUGAAUUUUCUGCGUUCUGUACCAGUAUUGUUGCUCAAGAUUCCAAGGGAAAGAUUUACCAUGGUCGGAACAUGGACUAUGCUUUCGGAGAUAUUUUACGCAAGAUGACAAUUGACGUGCAGUUUAUGCAAAACGGGCAGGUAGCGUAUAAGGGUACCACAUUUAUGGGCUAUGUCGGCUUAUGGACCGGACAGAGUCCACACAAGUUUACAAUCUCUGGUGAUGAACGAGAUAAGGGAAGAUGGUGGGAGAAUGCAGUAGCUGCUUUCCUGAGUCGAAACGUCCCAGUCAGCUGGCUUGUCAGGGAUACCCUGAGCAAAGCUGCAGACUUUCAAGCUGCCGUUCUCAAACUGGCUGCGACCCCGAUCAUUGCGGACGUUUACUUCAUCGUCGCAGGAACGUCGCCCAAAGAGGGCGUGGUCAUCACAAGGAAUAGAAGGGGGCCGGCAGACAUCUGGCCUCUUGAGCCCACAGCUGGAGCGUGGUUCCGUGUGGAAACAAACUAUGACCACUGGGUUGCUCCUCCUCCAUUUGAUAAACGAAGGCAGCUUCAUGUGCUGAGCAGGCAGCCACUUCAGCUCCUGCAGCCUCACUCAGAAGAAACUAGACCAGGUAAGGAGUGAUACUGCCUGGUUCCAGUGCUCUUUGGCUGGAAGCACAGUGGUUACAGGGUGACAACUCUCUAACAUGAGGCAGAAGAAAAUCGUGGGAAGGGAAAGAUGCUUGGUGUUGGUGUCCCAGUAGAAGACAGAAUUUAACCCUAACCAUAGUGUUCAGGCCUCACAAUGACAGGCUGUUUGGAGGCAUUGUUAAAAGCCUCAGCAACGUUUUUAGUUGAUUUGGCUGUUUGAUGCAAGGGGGCAAAAUGUGUUGGCAGAUUGGCUGCAGUUCUGUAGCUGUAUCCUCUAAUGGUAAUGCCUCUCAUUUAAUUAUGGUCGAUUGGAUUCAGCUCAUACCAUCUUUUAGUGUAAUUAAGCCCCAAGCAGAUGUUUUGAUGUGGAUUGAUUUAGUGGCCAACAUUUCUCAUUCAGGCUGCAUAACGUUUUCUAUGACCGUUAUUUUUGUUGAGUGACGUUGCAUCCUUUCCUUGCAGAACUGCAGCCAUUAAAGCUCUCAAUGCCACUGGAUGGGACAAUAUUAAUUUUGAGACCCUCUUUCAGGUAUU